GUUUUCUCAAUUUCUCACCGCAACUGGGAUUUUCGAGAGGGAAUAUGCGUGUUAGUCAAAUCUCUUUUCACAAACUAAAGUCGUAACCGAGUUUCGACUCACCCUCCUCACCUAACCCUCUGUCAUUUGUCUUGGUGCAUCCCCUGGAAUCUACCGGUCCCCGUCGACCCCACCCCUUUCUUUCAUCCCAUAGUCCCCAACCCAAACAAACCACAACUUCCUCAUUUCCUUUCCCACAUUUUCCCGUUGAAGGUGGGACAGGGUUGGUAAGAGUUAGGGUUUCGUAUACGCAGAGAAACUCCCAGAAUUUCACAUGGGUUCCAUUACCAUUCCCAAUCACUGUUCCUAUUUUUGUUACCGUUGCUCCUUACCUUAAUUUCUCCAAUCUUUUUUUUUCCCUCUUUUAAGUGAAUUCUUGUUCCAUGGACUUAUCGUCCCAAUCGACUGACACGUCAUCAACGCUCUCUUUAAGGCUAGUAUCUCAUUCGCCGCCCUCACACCGUAGCCAGAUCGCCGAUGACUCCAUUUAUCUCCAGUUAGAUACCAGGGAUUCCACCCACCCGGCCUCACCAGUCCCUCUCCAACUCCUCGAACCGCACCAAAACGGGAACCCAACAGAAAGGGAGAGUUACGACGAUGAUGAAGAGGGUAAGGAAAUGGAAGAAUUCCAUAUAUUAGGGCAUGCCAUGUGCCUCAAAAGGAGGAGAGACAGCUGUUCUUUGUCGAAGCGAAUGACGCUUGAGCCGGAUCUUGAGACGAGAAAAGCCGCCGUGAAAUCAUGGGGCAGCCAGCCGCUCCAAGUGGCGGAUCCCGACGUGUUUGACAUGAUGGAACAGGAGAAAAAGCGGCAGUUCAUGGGAAUUGAGUUGAUAGCCUCCGAAAAUUUUGUUUGCCGGGCCGUUAUGGAAGCCCUCGGAAGCCAUUUAACCAACAAAUACUCGGAAGGUAUGCCUGGAGCAAGGUAUUAUGGCGGGAAUCAGUACAUUGAUGAAAUCGAAACUCUUUGUUGGAAACGUGCUUUGGAAGCUUUUGGGCUUGAUGCCGAGAAUUGGGGAGUCAAUGUGCAGCCUUAUUCGUGUACAUCAGCGAAUUUCGCAGUGUAUACCGGGUUGUUGUUACCCGGAGAGAGGAUCAUGGGAUUGGAUACGCCUUCUGGAGGAAAUACGAGUCACGGAUAUUAUACCCCAAAUGGAAGGAAGGUGUCCGGUGCAUCGAUAUUCUUUGAGAGUUUGCCAUAUAAAGUGAAUCCACAAACUGGGUAUAUUGAUUAUGAGAAGUUGGAGGAGAGGGCACUUGAUUUUAGGCCCAAGAUAUUGAUUUGUGGUGGGAGUUCGUACCCGAGGGAAUGGGAUUAUGCAAGGUUUAGACAGAUUGCAGAUAAGUGUGGGGCUGUUUUGCUGUGUGACAUGGCUCAGAUUAGUGGACUCAUUGCUGCUAAGGAAUGUGCCAACCCCUUUGACUACUGUGACAUUGUUACCUCAACCACCCAUAAAAGCCUCCAAGGUCCCAGAGGAGGCAUUAUUUUCUAUAGAAAGGGUACAAAGCCAAGGAAGGGAGGGAUGUUUCUAAGCCAAGGAGAUGACAACGAUCAAUAUGAUUUUGAGGAAAAGAUAAACUUUGCUGUUUUUCCAUCUUUGCAAGGUGGACCGCAUAAUAAUCAUAUUGCUGCUCUUGCCUUAGCAUUGAAACAAGUGGCUACACCAGAGUACAAGGCCUAUAUGCAUCAAGUGAAGAAAAAUGCUCAGGCUUUAGCAUCUGCGUUGUUAAAAAGGAAAUGCAGGCUAAUUACUGGAGGCACAGACAAUCAUUUAUUACUCUGGGAUCUAAGGCCUUUUGGGUUGACAGGUAAAAUUUUCGAGAAUGUCUGUGAGAUAUGUCAUAUUACUCUGAACAAAAUUGCUAUUUUUUGUGAUAAUGGUGCCAUUACACCUGGAGGAGUAAGGAUUGGUACUCCUGCUAUGACAUCAAGGGGUUGCCUAGAGUCUGAUUUUGAGACCAUUGCAGACUUUCUCCACAGAGCGGCACAUAUAGCUAGUAUGAUGCAGCGUGAUCAUGGGAAGUUGCAGAAAACCUCCAUAAAGAGUCUCCACAAUAAUAUAGAUAUUAUGGAGCUCCGAACAGAAGUGGAGACUUUUGCAUCUCAGUUUGCAAUGCCAGGUUUUGACAUUUAAAUGAAUUGUGAAGGUGCCUCAUUCCAAGAUUGUGUUCGGCCUCUUAGACUAAUAUGCUGCCACCCCAAAUUGAGAUCCUAUUUUUAGUUUCUGAAUUAGCUAAUGCAGUUUUAUUGGCCACAGUUUUUGCGGUUGCCAACCUUUUUGAGUUCCAAUGCAAUCUCUGCAGAGGAAUUGUUGCUGCUCAAAGGCAGAAGCAAAGGUUGUUUUCCAAUUACCAAUCCAAGCCGCUUCUGUUUUCUAAAUGGUAGAAGAAUGCCUGCAAAUAUUGCAACAAUUUUGGGAGUUACGGUGCUCAAACAUAUUUCUCUUCAUUGCAAGUCUUCUAUUUGUGUAUGCAGAUUUGUUGAAUUUGAUAUUUAAAAAUUUAAGCCCAGAAAUCUUUUCUUCAUCGUUUGAUACAGUGAAUCCGGUGUAAGAUCAACAACUCGUUGAUCUUGCCUUUGUUAAUGUAUUACCUAAUAAUGUCUUCAUGUAAAGCAGAUAAUCAAUUUGUGAUUCUUCAUGGUCGAGUAAUUAAACAGAAAACUGAAUUUAUAUUUUUUAAAAUUGUUUCGCUAUGUUUUGUUAGCAACCAGCUAUUAUAGGCAAUAUGGAGAAAGUGUAUCAACAGACAACAGGUCAUGGUGUCUGGUGUUUUGUAGAAAUUGAUUUGGAUUGUAAAAUGUAUAAACUGCUGAUAUGUUGAAAUGAAAUGAAAUUUUCCAUCAGAAUCAGAGUAACGGGCACCAUUACAGGAUUAGUGAUCUAGGAAGUAAGGAUUGAUUUCGAUAUUUCAUCUCUCAUGGCCGUGUAUUCACGUGAAGCAAUACAGUUUUCUUUGAACAAGCACGAUCUUAAAGCAAGAUGAAAAGCUAUUGAUUUAACAGAAUGUGCUUGUAAAACUUGAUGGCGAACAA